AUAGCAACUCCAAAAAACGAAGAUGCUAGGAUGCAAGUGAACAGUUGGAUAUCGAAAUGGUGUAAGACCGAAUAUUGUUUUGUCAGAUCAGGUAAGGAAGACAUCGCCAAUGUACCCGAGGAGAAGUAUGAUAAAAUAAGGUAACAUUCUGCCAAAGAUCAGUGGAAUAAAAAGUAGAAAUGGAUCACACAGAAUUAAUUCACCUGAAUGUUGGUGGAGUUAUGUACACAACGACCAGAGCAACCUUAUGUAAGUACCGCGACUCUAUGUUAGGGGCCAUGUUCAUGGGGAGCAUGAUGUCAACAACAGAUCAAAAGGGAAGGCCUUUCAUUGACAGAGAUGGAGAAAUGUUCAAAUACAUCCUCAACUUCUUACGUUCAUCAAAGCUUAGUCUUCCAAAUGAUUUCAAAGACUUUGAUUUACUAGCUGUAGAAGCAGAUUUCUAUCAGGUACAGCCGCUGAUUGAAGCUAUCAAUAUGUUACGAGAUGAAAGGCAAAGAGAUGAUCUCAUGACUCACUUCUAUGUAGAAGUGAUAGAGGUUCGGACAGGCACAACUGCUACAAUGCCUUCAAACAACUCCAGGGUGAAAACAGUUCUUGCUGGAAGAAAAGAUGUCAUUCUUUCUUUGCCUUCAGAAUUAGUCGGUGAAGGAGCCUCAGAAAAGUUACAGAAGAAUGAAGGGUAUGAUUAUGUUGAGCUUCAACUCAAUGGUGCUAACGUGAGACUCAGACUUGCGGAAACAUUGAGAAAUGGAGGAUGGCACAUUGUGGAUACAAAUUUGUCAUCGUCUUCUAGUCUUGUCACUUCAUUCACAGGAAAUACACUAUUUAUAGAGCAAACCUACCGAGACAGAUGGAGGUUGACCUUGCCAAAAAUAAAAAAGCUUGCAACAUACAUGUAGAAUUCUGUCUUUUUACUAACA